AUGAAGAUACCCGAUGUGUUGGAAAACCUUGAAAUAACAGAGCAAAACUUUCUGAUAGUACUAUGUGCUACCGUGGUCAUUGUUGUGUUAUUUGUGUCGUUUCUGUUGAUCAAAGGCAAAAAUAAAUUGAAUUGGUACGAUCAGAAUGUGCUUGAUAUGGGACAAGUCCCGACACAUCGCAGAUGCACCACAAUUUAUAGAACAAAUACAGAUGACACCACCACUGAACAAAGACCUGAAGGUUUACAGUCUACAACAAAUAUUCCAAAGGGUGAUCUUUCCAAUUUAUUUAUGAUUCCAAAAGCCAAAAAAGGAGCCAGGAGCAUGUUCUCCAAUCUGCAUCAAAAUCAAUUUGACAGAGGACUUUAUCAGUUUCCCACGGGUGACGAAUCAGCAUGUAGUUCAGUGACCAUGGCCGCAGUUGGCUCAAUUCAGUUGAGUGUCAGUCAUGAUGUUAACUUGAAUUUAUUGACCGUGACAAUCGUCAAAGCAGUGGAUCUGCCGACGAAAAGAGAAGACGAUCUGCCGAAUCCAUUUAUGAAAGUUUCAUUGGAGAUUCCUGAUUCUAAAAAACCAAAUGUUGAUCACCAGACAAAGGUGUACAAUGGAACGGUAUCACCACAAAUAAACGAAGAUUUCUAUUUUUCUGUUACCGCCCAACAAGUCAGUACAUGUCGAUUAGAAGUGAUGGUCUACGACUAUGAUCAGUUUAGUGUCGACGAAUGUGUUGGCUACUGCUGGUUAACACUCGGCAGAAUAAAUGAGCACUUCGAGCACGACGUCCCUACUCAAUUCUGGGCGGAAGUGCUUCCUUAUGAAGAUGGCGAAAAUAAGGGAUACGGACAAGUCCUUUUUGCACUGUCCUAUCUCUCACAUGCCCAACGGCUCACAAUGAACAUUUUCAAAGUUAGAAACGUGCGGUUUAGAAAUGGAGGAAAUGUGGCCCUUCGUGUCACUCUUUUGGACGGCGAAGAGAAACCACUGAAAAAGAAGAAAACUAGCCAAAAGAAAGCGGCUAGAUCUGUGCAAUUCAAUGAAUGUCUGACAUUUUCAAUCCCAAAACACACUCUAUGUGAAGUGUUUCUUACUGUAGAGCUCAUCACCGAAACGGGCACAUUCGGAAUCGCAUCACGCACUCUGUCCCGGAUGCAAUUACCGCUGCACAACUUUUCAGGUGUAAAGACUUGUGGAGAGCAAUUAUCCGUGAAGAGAAAUCGCAGAGGAUCACAAAGUAACACAAAUUAA